AAAACAAAAAUUAAGAGCAACUCCAGUUACUCCAUCCGACACUUAUUUCUUCGGAUCUUCAUAUAUAUUAUUCCAGGUUUUUAUUGUUUGAUUUAGUAUGGAGGAACCAGCUCAUAAUCCUUCUCUAAAGGAUAAAUGGAUAAUCGACAUUGAAAGUGAACUCGAGAAAACGUCUCCGAUAUCUUCAAGUUGGAGCAUCUGCAAAGUUCCGAUAAACCUUCGAUCGGUAAAUGAAGAAGCUUAUACUCCUCGGAUUCUCUCAAUUGGACCAAUCCACCAUCAUCAAGACAAAAAGUUCUUGCGUAUGGAGGAUCACAAACGGUGGUACCUAAACGAACUCUUCACGCGUGCGGGAAAAUCAAAUGAAAUUCUCGGUGUUUUUUACGAUACCAUCUUAAAUCUUGAUAAAGAUGUCCGCGCUUGCUAUGCAGAACCUAUCGUGUAUGAUAAACAGGAGCUUGCGAAAAUCUUAUUAUAUGAUGCAGGGUUUAUGCUCGAGCUUUUCCUCAGAGACUCCUUUCCAGAUUCGAGAAAACUAGAUGAUCCCAUAUUCACAACUACUUGGAUGAUCGCACCGCUGCUGCGUGACUUGGCGCUUCUAGAGAAUCAGAUUCCUUUCUUUGUUCUAGAAUCUUUGUUUAAGCUUAUAGCACCGCCCGAAACUGCUGGUAUUACAACGCUCAAUGAGCUUGCUCUUAAUUUUUUCAAGCCAAUUUUGAAUAUCAAGGAAGAAGUAUUCCCCGCAAAAUGCAGGCAGAACGGCAUCCACUUGCUUCACUUGUUGUACAAUUGUUAUCUUCCUUCAAAUCCCAGACAUUCAAGAAAUGAGGAAGCAUGGGAAUUCACACAUUCUGCAACAUCACUCCGUCGGGCUGGGGUAGAGUUUGAAGAGAAUUCGACAAACGACUUGUUGGACUUACAAUUCAACAACGGCACAUUCAAAAUUCCACCGCUGCACAUUUAUGACUAUACUGAUUCACAUUUCAGGAACCUUAUGGCUUUCGAACAAUGUCAAAAAGACAGUAAACAUUAUAUUACAUCAUACAUCAUGGUCAUGGAUAAACUGAUCGAUACAACAUAUGAUGUCGAGCUACUUAAACGAAAGGGAAUCAUUUUCAAUGAAUUGGGUGGCGGAGAUGAUGUUUCGAAUAUGUUUAACAAUAUUUGCAAGGAAAUAGUUUUGAAAGACUUCUAUUUUCAAGAAUUAUGCAAUAACGUUAAUGCUUACGCUAAGUCCCCUUGGCCCCGUAAUAAAGCUAUAUUGAGUCGUAAGUACUUUAACAAUCCAUGGAGUAUCACGUCCUUCGUGGCUGCAGUUGCACUUAUUCUUCUUACUUUCUUGCAGACCCUGUAUUCUAUGCUUUCUUAUCACACAAGUUGAUACUUGUUCUGUGCUUUGUGGUCUUGAAAAUAUUUGUGGUUUCUUCUUGUAAAU